GUGACGCUGACGUCGUGUCGCUGCGUGACGGUUAGUUAGCAUCGAUGCUAACGGGCUGGGCUCCUCCCUGCGGUGUGAAGGCGGCGGCUCCGCGGCGCUGACAGCCGAACCGAAGCGGAACCAUGCAGCGGAGCGGGACCCGGACUCUGUCAGCGUGACGGCCCGGCAGCGACACCAGCCGUACGUGCUAACCAGCGAGCUAACGGCUAGCUGGCCUGUUAGCCUGUUAGCCUGUUAGCCUGUUAGCAGCGCCGCCAGCUGUGAGCGGCGUGGACUCGCAGCUGCACGUCAACAAAAACACAACAAGCAGCCGCGGCCGACAUGGACACGAACGUCCAGAAGAGACGCGACAACAAGAAGUCCCUGCGGGUGAAGGUGAUCAGCCUCGGCAACGCGGAGGUCGGCAAGAGCUGCAUCAUUAAGCGCUACUGCGAGAAGAGGUUCGUCCCCAAGUACCUGGCCACGAUCGGGAUCGACUAUGGCGUCACCAAAGUUCAGGUCCGAGACAGAGAGAUCAAGGUGAACAUCUUCGACAUGGCGGGACAUCCUUUCUUCUACGAGGUGCGUAAUGAGUUCUAUAAGGACUCUCAGGGCGUGCUGCUGGUGUACGACGUGGGCGUGAGGGACAGCUUCGACGCCCUGGACAGCUGGCUGGCUGAGAUGAAGCAGGAGAUGGGCUCCCAGGCCAACAUGGACAGCAUCGUGUUCACCGUGUGCGCCAACAAGGUGGACCUGACCAAGCGUCGCGUGGUGGACGAGGGGGAGGGGCGUCUGUGGGCGGAGUCUCGAGGGUUUCACUACUUUGAGACGUCGGCGCAGAGCGGAGAGGGAAUCAACGAGAUGUUCCAGGCCUUCUUCUCCUCCAUCACAGACAUGUGUGAGAACGGGGGGAAGCGUCCCGUGUCCGAGGUGAACGUCGGCUUCACCAAGGAGCAGGCCGACACCAUCCGACGCAUACGCAACAGCAAAGACUCAUGGGACAUGCUGGGGGUCAAACCCGGGGCCACACGGGAGGAGGUGAACAAGGCGUACAGGAAGUUGGCGGUGCUGCUGCAUCCGGACAAAUGCGUCGCCCCCGGCAGCGAAGACGCCUUCAAGGCCGUGGUGAACGCCCGCACCUCGCUGCUGAAGAACAUCAAAUAACACACACACACACACACUCUCACACACACACACACACACACACACACACACACACACACACUGAUUUACAUCCAAACACUUGAGAGAUACCUCAUGUAGAAAUGGACUGAAGAAACUACACACACGCUUGCACAGUCCCCCGGCCCCACACACACACACACACACACACACACACACACACUCGCCCCACAGUGUUAAUUUAUUGAUUUAAUUAAUUCAGUGUGAGGUCUUGUGUGCCAUGUUGCUUGCCGUAGUGCUGUAUGCCACCGUGUGUGUGUGUGUGUGUGUGUGUGUGUGUGUGUGUGUGUGUGUGUGUGUGUGUGUGUGUGCGCACUGCGGCCAGGCCCUGUCUUCGUUGUUCCUGUUCCUGAUUGGUCGGUAUUACGGCGUCACGACGUCACAACUCGUUGCUCCAGCAUGUGAAGGUUAAUUAAAGGGGCAGUUCACCCUUUUCGAAAACUGUGAUGUUAUUCCACCCCCUCCUCCACACACACACACACACACACACACACACACACACACACACACACACACACUGAUGAUCGAUCAGAACGCUGCUGUCCUGUGUCCCAGCAGGAGGAGCAGGGAAUCUGUUCUCCAUGAUAAUAACAUGUUCCAGUUGUUUUCAGAAAGGGCGGACUGUCCCUUUAACAACACUUGCCAAACAUGACGGUGUUAUUGACACUUACUGUGGAUCUGCACUCCACGCUCUGUUUUGGGAAACGCCUAAAUUUACGAGCCGAGUGAAAACGUCCCGCUCCAGGACUUUCCUUUUUCCGGCCUGUAGGGGGCGCCGAGCCGCCUCCCCUGUUCCUGAAAGACUUUGAGACAGAACAUGAGAAUAAAAUCCUGUCAGCAGCCGCGUCAGAGCGGGACGUCCCGACCGCUCCUCCCUCCUGCUGCCCCACUUUAUUCAAACCAAAUUUGCCAAAUGCAGAGAAACUAAAGGCGAGUUCCACUCAAAAUGCAUGUUCACUGUAAGCUAGACACUGUAUGUGGCCAAACGCCCCGCCCCCCCCCCCCCCCGCUGAUGACAUCACCCGCUGCAGGCUGAUGAUUGGUCAGUGCAGCCGCGGCAUCAGAGGUGCCAAACCGAUCAGAAAGCGAGGCUCGAGGUGCCGGAGCAGCCGGGUCACCGUGAGGAGCGGGAGUCGAACUACAGACCUUCUGCUGAGCCACCGUUUCAUGAAGCUCCGCCUCCCGCUGCCACAGCGCCUCGUUAUCACGUGAGAUAACGAGCGCGCGGCGUGGAAACCCCCUUUUAGUGCAAAUAAAUAAAUAAGACUUUAGAAAACGGUUUAAAACCUUUUCAGUGUGACUUCAGCUGCUGGUCCCGUUUGUCUGUCGCUCCUCACGGCGACGCUCCUGUUUCCGUGACGAUGAUGAUGGUGAUGAUGAUGAUGGUGAUGACGAUGAUGAUGAUGAUGAUGAUGAUGAUGAUGAUGAUGAUGGUGGUGAUGGUGAUGCGACAACAUGCCUGUUUACGAUUCUUUUUGCCACGCCGGGAGCACGGAGUCUUGUUUAAAGAGGCGUUUCAUACUCUGACUCACACAGCAUGGAAACCCCAUAAUAGCUCUAUAUUUUUCUAUAUAUACCGAUAAUAUAUAUAAAUAUAUGUACAUGUACGUAUGUAUGUAUUUAGAGAACUGAAGGUCUGUGCUGAAAACACAGCGGCUGCAGCUCCACUCGUGUUCCUCAUAUGACUUUUAUUUUUUUGAUUUGUAUUGAUCUCCAUGAAUUAGAGAAUAAAAUGAUCAUUAAGCGUC